AUGAAGAGGGAUAGCACAGAGGGAGAUAUGAGCGCUUGGCGGGAGGUCGACUUCGCUCUCAAUUGUACUUACAUUGUACCGGAUCAGGUGUCGAACCCAAGUUUCAAUCUGCCGAAAGCCAUGACUUCCAUUCCACGCAACUUAUCUUUUGAGUACAACAAAGACAACGAGGUAAAUGGUGUGUUCAGCAAAGAGUACAUUCCUCAGGGGACUCGAUUUGGACCCCUGCAGGGAGACAUCUACACCAAAGACAAUGUGCCCAAACAGGCCAACAGAAAAUACUUCUGGAGGAUUUAUAGCAAUGGGCAUCUGCAGAACUUCAUCGAUGGCUAUGACGUCCACAGGAGCAACUGGAUGCGUUACGUCAAUCCGGCACGAUCUCUGAGUGAGCAGAACCUGGUGGCAUGCCAGAAUGGCCGCGACAUCUACUUCUAUACAAUUCGACCUGUGGAGCCCAAAGAGGAGUUGCUCGUGUGGUACUGCCAAGAGUUUGCCCAGAGGUUGUGCAGCCAGCAGGACAAUACCAAACACAAAAACAUGAAUGUUGAUGAUGAGCAAGAGUAUGCCAAACUGCACCUUCCUCAGCAGAUGUGGAACAAAGACACAAUAAAGGAAGAGGUGAAAGAGGAGAGAAAAGAUGAAGCGGUGGAUGUGGAGAUGUUGGGGAGAGACACCCCUCCUGAUACUCCUGAUGACCAAAUCAUGGAUUUUAGCAAAAAGAUCGAAAAAAAGGAGAAGCUCACCAGGGAUCCAGAGGAUCAAGGGUUCAUUCCAUCCCCUCAUCCUGAACAUAGAGGACUUGGCCAUGGAGUGAAUGCUCCUUACUUACCAGAACACCUCCCUGCACUGUCGUCCGAUCAACGAAAUCUUCCCCUCCACCUCCAUGGCCUCUACAGCCACAGGGAAGGCCUGGUCUCAUCUUACCCGCUUUACCCUCAAUCGAGACCUGUCCAGCCUGCCUACCAGCUCCUUCCUCCCUUCACCUCACAUUAUCCUCACCUCCUCCUCCCUUCAUAUUCCCCUCCAUUUCCUGGCAUGCUGCCGUCCAGAGGACCCCUCCGGUGCAGUGGAUAUCUUGGGACGGACGGAAUCCCUUACCCUCCCCUAAGCAAUGGCAAUCUACUCCCAAUGUCUUUGCCGUACCCGUCAUCCCCACAGGGUGGUCUGAAAGAAUUAACUCCUAAUGUGUCACCACCAAGAGGUGCCCCAGCAACACCCGAGCUCUCUCCUAUUCCCAAGCCAAUGAGCCUGGUCCCCUCACCUGAGCAUACUUCCUCUGGCUGCGAAGAGGCAAUGAACCUAACAUUGGACAUUACCAAAGGCAGCUCAGGGUUACGCAAUCGCCCUGGGCACAAAUCAUUGCCCUAUCCUUUGAAAAAGCAGAACGGAAAGAUCAAGUAUGAAUGUAACAUCUGCUCAAAGACUUUUGGACAACUGUCUAAUCUCAAGGUUCACCUCCGUGUUCACAGUGGUGAGAGACCUUUCCAGUGUAACUUGUGUAAAAAGAGUUUCACUCAACUGGCCCAUCUGCAGAAGCAUCACCUCGUCCAUACAGGGGAGAAACCACAUGAGUGUCAGGUGUGUCAAAAGCGCUUCAGUAGCACCAGCAACUUGAAAACUCACCUUCGUCUCCACUCUGGGGAAAAACCUUACCAGUGCAAGCUGUGCAGCACCAAAUUCACUCAAUACAUCCACCUCAAGCUGCACCGCCGCUUACACGGCAGCCACGACCGUAAUUAUCACUGUCAGCUGUGCUCCCAGACCUUCUUCCACCGUUUCUCCCUUCGCAUCCACCAAUGCAGCUGCUGCACGGCCAAUUCCGGCUCACCCGUCAAUGUCACCUUGAAAGAAAUGCUUGAGCGCUUCGAUGCCAGCCAAGAGGCCGACACGCUGGCAGAAACUGCAUCGGCACCGCAGGUGGAGGAGGCUGUGGAGAGAUGGCUUGCUCGUACAUUGGAAGGUGAGGGGAAGGAGGACCAGAAAGAGGCCACCUUUCUGCUGAAAGCUCUGACUGUGGCUAUGAACGCACCUGUAAGCCAAUCAGCACUGCCUGUUUCCCAACACGGCUCUCCAGCGGCCUAUCAGGAAAGAGCUAGCGUUGUUCAUCUCCACAAGCGUUCAACAGUGAAGUUGGAGGGUCAUUGAAAUACAACUAAACUAACCUUUGAAAGGAACAAAGGAGAUUUAAAGAUGGACAAAACCAUGAAUAGAGAAACCAAUGUCGCCAAAAGUAGCCUCUGUUUUGACUGAAGACAUAGCAGGAUCUUUUUAUUUGUCUUUUUUUUUAUAAUAAUGUGAGCAGCACCAAAAUAAGAGCGUUCCAAAGACUGGACUUAGCAUACAUGGAUAUAUUUUAUUACACAUACACAGAUUCUGCUUCCUCCCAAUGAAUAUUACAAAAAUGAGAAAUGGAGGAUCUUGUUAAGCUGUGAAGUAAAUAACUUUUACUCAGGUAGACAUUUUUUAAACUUGUUUUUCAUCUGUUCUGUUUAGAGAUGUUUAUUUAUUUAGCUGUUUUAUUCCUUAAUCGGCAGUAGAUUUUAAAAAGACUCAGGAACUGUAACAAUAAUGUCUUAGCUUAUCAUGCUUGGUUUAUUUUGCAUCGUGUGUUGUGUGUUCCAUUUGUUAAUUUAUUUAUUUAUGACAAAAAGGGUACAUUCUGCUAUGUUUAAUUUGUAUGUAAAUGAGAAUUUGCCAAAACAAAUACGAUAAACAUGGUUUUCUAGAUUCAUUUAGCAACAUUUAGACAUAGUAGAUGAAACCAAAUCACCAAAUGCAAUGAAAUAUAGCAUUUUUGAUUGAUUCUAUUAAUACUGGAUGACAUACUAUAUAACUCCGACUGUAAUGCUUUCAAGUCCUAACUUACUGAUGAUUCAUAAAUUAGAUUGUGCUUCACAGUGUUAUUUUUUCAGGUGUUACAUACGAAAUUUUCUUUAAUUGUCCAAUCAAAACUUAAUAUUAAUCUUUUUUUUUAGGUGGUGAAAAUAGAAUACAGUGACUGAUUCUGUGGAUACGGUGAUUUCUGACAAUAAUUGGCUUUUGGUGGAAAGCAGAGCCUGUACAGUUGUUGUUUUUUUUAAAUAAUUUUCUAGGUCUCUUUUUACAAGAUUUGACCCUGUAGUUUAUUUUUUGGAAACAGGUUUGAGAUAGUAAGAAUCUAUUUAUUCAAUAGUACAGUACUGAAUAUUUUGAUCAUGCUUUUAU